GCGCGUUCCUCAGUGUGGUGAGCGCGCCCAGGGCUGGCCUGGCCGUUCGGGAGCGCGCCCCAGUGCCCCGCCCUGCCCCUUGAGCUCCGGGAAGGCUUCGGAGCCUCCGCCUGUCCUGGCAGGGUCAGCCAGAAGCCUAAGACAUUGUGAUUUAUAAAAGACACAGGUUUGGACGGUUCUGAAGAUUGAAAUUCUUUGCAUUUCUACAACAGGAGCUGCAAGUAUAAUGGUGAACAAAAUAAUUAUUUCCUGCUUUCACAGAACUUAAAAGUUCAGCGAGGAAGAUAAAGCCAAACAAGGAAGUAACAGUUAAGUGUAAGGAAUGUCCUGGCUGGGGAGGUGGACGACAGCUGGAAACAAAGCAGGGCCACCUGGCUGAAGCUGGGAGCAUUGGGGCGUAAAAACCUGCACAGGUUCCCUGGAAGACCUGUUUGAAAUGUGGUGGUUUCAGCAAGGCCUCAGUUUCCUCCCUUCGGCCCUUGUAAUUUGGACAUCUGCUGCUUUCAUAUUUUCAUACAUUACUGCAGUAACACUCCACCAUGUUGACCCUGCUUUGCCUUAUAUCAGUGACACUGGUACAGUAGCUCCAGAAAAAUGCUUGUUUGGGGCAAUGCUAAAUGUUGCUGCAGUUUUAUGCAUUGCUACCAUUUAUGUUCGUUAUAAGCAAGUUCAUGCUCUGAAUCCUGACGAGAACCUUAUCAUCAAAUUAAACAAGGCUGGCCUUGUGCUUGGAAUACUGAGUUGUUUGGGACUUUCCCUUGUGGCAAAUUUCCAGAAAACAACUCUUUUUGCUGCACAUGUCAGUGGAGCUGUGCUCACUUUUGGUAUGGGCUCAUUAUAUAUGUUUGUUCAGACCAUCCUUUCCUACCAAAUGCAGCCCAAAAUUCAUGGCAUUCAAGUCUUCUGGAUCAGACUACUCUUGGUUAUCUGGUGUGCAGUAAGUGCAUUUAGCAUGCUAACUUGCUCAUCAAUUUUGUACAGUGGUGAUUUUGGCAUUGAUUUAGUUCAGAAACUCCAUUGGAACCCUGAAGACAAAGGUUAUGUGCUUCACAUGAUCACUACAGCAGCAGAAUGGUCUAUGUCAUUUUCCUUCUUUGGUUUUUUCCUGACUUAUAUUCGUGAUUUUCAGGUGUACCAGCAAGAAGCUGGAUUGGAGAUGGAACAGCCCAGACUCGAACGAGUGCCCAUAUGGAAUACCAGAGCCACAGGCGGCAGUUUUACCUGCUGCUUUACCUGCUAUGCCACAGCAUCAGCCCCACAUUUGCUAUUUUAAAAUGAUUCUUAUUUGUGGUAUUUAGGAAGUAUCUAAGUAUAUGUUUCCUCAUAUGAGCAUCUAAUUGUCCCAGCACCAUUUGUUAUAAAUACAGUACUUUUUAUAUUGAAUUACUUGGACAUUGUUAAAAAUCAAUUAUUCUUAUAUCAUUGGUCUGUUUUUGAACUUAUUAAUUUGUUCAAUUGAUCUAUUUAUGUUGAAACCAAUGUAAGUUGUGGUUGUUGUUCAGAACUGUGUAUACUUUAUGAAAGCAGGCUGAUUGCUCCUAAUUUUUCUUAAUUCUUUUAGCUAUUAAAAUUUGUUCAACUUCCUAUUAUAAAAUUUGAAAUAAUGUUGCUUGAGUAAUGAUGGGAAAUAUUCAUUAUGUUGAAAAUUUCAGUCCAUGAAUUUGUUUCCAGAUAUCUAACUUUGAUUUGUUUUAUUAGUAUUUUGUAAGGUUUGUCAUAUAGGUCCAGUAUUUUUUUUCAGAUUUACACAAAAGAAUUGCCUUUUUUGAGUAGUUAUAAAUGGCAUUGCAUUUUUAAUUUAAUUUCACACAUCUUUGUACUAGUAUAAAAACAUGGUUGAUAUUUAUAUGUUCAUCUUGAAUCCAUUGAUCAUAUUCCCUAGCUUUAAUUGAGGAGUGUUCUUUUUGUAGAUUUCUUGGAAUUUCAGUUUAUAAAAACAAUUAUAUCACCACAAAUAGUGACAGUUUAUUUCUUCUUUUCCAGCAUGUUAUACUUUUAUUUAGUUUCUUGUAUUAUUGUGUAUGCUAGGAAUUUCAGUAUUUAAUUUCAUAAGAAUUGAGAGGGUAAGAUUUUGGCUUUUUGUGAUUCCAUGGAGGUAGUGUUGAGACUUUCAUAUAAAGUAUAAUGUUACUUGUAGGGCUAUUUUUUUUAAAGAUUUAUUUAUUUACUCGAAAGAGUUAUACACAGAGAAGGAGAGGCAGAGAGAGAGAGAGAGACAGAGAGAAAGAGAGAGAGAGGUCUUCCAUCCACUGGUUCACUCCCCAGAUGGCCGCAACAGCUGGAGCUGCGCCUAUCUGAAGCCAGAGCCAGGAGCUUCUUCUGGAUCUCCUAUGUGGGUGCAGGGGCCCAAGGACUUGGGCCAUCUUCUACUGCUUUCCCAGGCCAUAGCAGAGAGCUGGAUCGGAAGUGGAACAGCCGGGACUUGAACUGGUGCCCAUAAGGGAUGCCAGCACUGCAGGCGGUGGCUUUAUCACAUCGCCACGGUGCUGGUCCCAGGGCUAUUUUUUUUAAACAAUUUUUUUUUUAUUUGAAAGGUGGGGGAAGGGGGAGAGAGAGAGAGAGAGUGAGUUAUAGUUCUUCUAUUUGUUGGUUCACUCCCAAAAGGCUGAAACAGAAAGGUCUGGGCCAGGCCAAAGCAGGGAGCCAGGAACUCCAUCUUCAUCUGCCAUAUGUGGUAGGGACCCAAAUACUUGGGCUAUGUUCCACUCUCUUCUUAGGCACAUUAACAAGGGGCUGAAUCAGGAGUGGAGUAGUUGGUACUCAAACUGGCACCCCAAUAUGGGAUGCCCGUGUCACAAGUGAUGGCUUAAGCAGUGAUGGCCCUAGUUCUAGGAUUAUUAUUUGAGGGUAAUUCAAUAAGUUCUUGGAAGAUGGAAUUAAAAGAUAAUUUUAUUUUGAUGCAAAAUUUUAAAUCUAUACAGUUUUUUCACAAUAUGCAUUGUUCAUGAAAUUUUUGAAGAUGUAUCAUAAAUGCUCUUGAGGAUAUACAACUCCAUUCAUAAGUUAUUCAUAAGUUAUUCAUAAGAAUAAACUGUACUCAGCUUUGGUGCAUAAUUGAUUUUAUAUAUUGAUAUAAAUAUUCUGUUUCCCAAUUCUUGUGAAAAGUGUUCAAUAUUUAAUUCAUGAGGGAUAUUAGUCUGAAGCUCUGGGACUUGUUUUGUGUUGCCUUUGAUUUUGGUGUCAGCAUAAUGCUAUAUAAAAUGGGGAUCACCGAAUACACUGUGUUUCCUAGGUUAAAGAAUUAAAUUUUUCAUAUUUAUCCUUUAUAGUCCUUUUUAUUUCUUCCUGCUUUUCUAUACUUCUAUUUGUGAUAAUUUUUUAGAAAUCUGAAAAACAUUAUUUCUAGUGAUAUGAGUCUGCCUAAACAUAUUGUCUUAACUUACUUCAUACAUUUACAAUUUAACUUUAUUUUAAUGUUUUUUCUUGGCUGUAGAAUUGUGCAAUGAUAGUUUAUUUUUUUCUCUCAGCAGUGAAAGUAUGUACUUCUGUUUUCUCCUAGCUUACAAUUUUUAUUCAAAGUUAACAGUGAUUCUUACUGUUUUUCCAUUAGAGGUAGCAUGAUUUCUGUCUGUCUUUUAAAUAUCAUGUCUUGGUUUCAGAAGUUUUACUUUAUUGUGCCAAUAUGUGGUUUUAUUACUUUUUCCUGUUGGUAUUUUUCUGAUAUUCUUGCUAAUAAAUAUAUGUCAGUAAGUUUAGUUAUUUUGGUACAUUUUCACUUCAAUUAUUGCUUUUCCAUGUCUUAGGACUCCAUUCACACUUCUUUGGAUCAUUUAAUUGCAUAUACCACUUAUACUCUGUUUUGUUCAUUCCAUCUUUUUAAUUUUGUAUUUAGUUUGGAUAUUUUCUGUUGAUCUGUCUUGAAGUUCACUACUCUCAUGUUGUAACGUAUGUAGUGUGCUAUUAAAUCCAUCCAAAUUUUAAUUUUAGCUAUUUUUUCUUUUAUUCCAGUUCUUAGUCAAAAUUUCCCAUUUUUGUCCAUGAUAUUCAUCUGUUCUUCGAUUUCCUUUACCAUAUUUAUACUUGUAGUCCUUAUUAUUUCCCACAUCUGGAUCAUCUAUUCAUCUGCUUAUAUUGCCUGUUUUUUUCUCUUAAUUAUCAAUAAUAUUGUCUGUCUUCUCAGCAUGCCUUGUGAAAAAUUUGAAUUUUUAUUUUUCAUUUUUUAUUUAAGGUAUACAAAUUUCAUAUAUUUCAUAUAUUCAGAUUCAGGAACACAGUUAUACUUCCCACCCUACCCUGCCUCCCACCAGUGCUCCCACUCUUCUUCCUCCUCCCUCUCAUAUUCCCACUCUUAAUUUUUAUAGUAUAUAAGGAAUCAAAAGAUGAAAUUUAUGCAUUUCCAUUUACUCACAGCUUUAGUGAUGUAUAUUUGUGCACUGUAAAAACCACCCCCUUAUGCAAUUCAAUAGUUUUGAUUAUGUAAAUGUAUUUCAUUGCAGUGGUUUUUACUAUAUUAAUAUAUAUAGCAGCCAACAUCCAGAGUUUCAGAAUAUUGUAAUCACCCUAAUAAAAAACUGUAUCCUUUAGCUGUCAUCCCCCUCCCCCGGGCUUAUACAACCACCAGAUUACAUUUUUUCCCUUAGAGAUUUUCCUGUUCUAGACUUCCAUAUAAGUUUAAUUAUUUAGUAUAUGAUCUUUUGUGACUGGUUUCUUUCACGUAGCAUAAUGUUUCAGGGUUUUUCUAUGUGGUUGCAUGGAUCAGUACAUCAUGUAUUUUCAUGGCCUAAUAAUAUUUCACUGUGUGGAUAUACCACUUUUCUUAAAACCCAUUCAUCCAUCAUGAACAUUUGUGUUGUAUCCUCCUUUUCUAUAUUGUAAGUAAUAUUACUAUAAGCAUUCAUAUACAAUUUUCUAUGUAAAAUGUAUGUUCAUUUCUCAUGGAUGUUUACUUAGGAAUAGAACUAAUGAUAUGAGGCAUAUGGAAAUGCUAUGUUAAUAUUUGAAGAAGUGAAGAAUGUUUUUUAAGGCAGCUGGACCAUUUUACAUUCUGCAGUAUAUGAGUGUUAUCUCCACACACUCACCACACUUGUUUAAUCAACAUUUUAAAAAUAACAAGCUUUAUUUUUUAUUUAUUUUUUAUGGGAUAGAGCACACUUUAUUGGGAAGCAGAGUGAGCAGUGACCAAAGGACCCCUUACCCUUGAAAGGAUACACAGGAUGUUUGCUAAUAAAAAUCAACUGGAGUAUGAAUUCCUCAUGGCAUCUUCCUAAUCCACACCUCCACUAGAGGUAGGGAAAACUCCAGCCAUUAUCCUGAAGGCAGCUGUGGUCCACUAGAGAUAGAGCCCCUCAAUGGGACUUUUUUUUUUUUUUAUAAAGAACAUUGUUUUUAGAGUUUAUGAAGUCUUAAUUCAUUAUUUUCUUUCUGCAUUCUCUCAAGGCCAUCAGACUAGCUUCUGUACAGGUUGCCUUGAUGUCAGCACUAGAGAGGUUGUGAUAAAGUUGUUCAGUGUUUCAGCUUUACAGAUGUGUCCCAAGGGACUAGUACCUGUUUCAUCUUUUUGGAAGCACCAAUAUACUUGGCACAUUCUAGAUGCCUGGAUACUACCAAGAACAAAGAUGGUUACAUGAAGAUUUUAGAGGCCCUCAGAAUUUCUGGCUGGGACGAUUGAUGAAGACUCCCCUCCUGUAAAAGGUUAAUCUGUCAGGAACAGAAGUAGCUUUUUUGGGGUCUAAGAAUCAGAUACCAACACAAAGAAUCAAGGAAAGCAAACAGAGAAAUAGGUUCAAACAGAGGAACAUAUUGCUUUCAGCAGAGGCAGCCUUAAUGAAGUGGAGAUUACUGAUGCACCUAAGAUUUUAAAAUAAGCAUCAUAACACUGCUUAAUAAAAUCAGGGGAUUUAUAUGAUCAAAAUGAGAAUUUCAGCUAAGAACUAGAAAAUACAAGUAUCAAACAUAUAUCAUGGAAUUGGAAAAUCCAUUAACUGAACUGAAAAUUUUAAUAGAUGAGUUCAACAGCAGUGUAGAUCAAGCUGAAGAAAGGAUCAAUAAACCUGAAGUCAAGUCACUGGAAAUUAUCCAGUGAGAGUAUGUAUGUAUUGAAAUGUAGCAUGAUCACCCAUAAAUUUGUAAAAUUGCUAAUUUAAAAAUUUUUUAAAGAAUGAAAAAAGUCCAAGGGACAUGCAGAAUACCAUCAAACAGACCUACAUACUCUUAGGAAUUUCAGAAAUAAGAGGCAAUGAGGUAGAAAGAUUACUCAAACACUGCAAGAACAUUCUCCAAAUCUGGGAAGUAAAAUGGACAUGCAGAUUCAGUACGCUCAAUGGAUUCUAAAUACUUGGUUCCAAAGAAAUCUGCACUGAUAUACAUUAUAAUUGAAUUGCAAAAUGUCCAAGAGAAAAUUUUGAAAGCAACAAUAGGAAAGCAACUUGUUAUGCACAAAGAAACAGCCAACUCAUAUUUGAUCAAGGAUCCAAAACCAAUCCCUGGAGUAAGGACAGUCUAUUCAAUAAAUGGUGCUGGGAAAAUUGGAUUUCCACAUGCAGAAUCAUGAAGCAAGACCCCUACCUUUCACCUUACACAAAAAUUCACUCAACAUGGAUUAAAGACUUAAAUCUAUGACCUGACACCAUCAAAUUAUUAGAGAGCAUUGGAAAAACCCUGCAAGAUAUAGGUACUGGCAAUGACUUCUUGGAAAACACCCCAGAAGCACAGGCAUUCAAAGCCAAAAUUAACAUUUGGGAUUGCAUCAAAUUGAGAAGUUUCUGUACUGCAAAAGAAACAGGAAAGUGAAGAGGCAACCGACAGAAUGGGAAAAAAUAUUUGCAAACUAUGCAACAGAUAAAGGGUUGAUAAUCAGAAUCUACAAAGAAAUCAAGAAACUCCACAACAUCAAAACAAACAACCCAAUUAAGAGAUGGGCCAAGGACCUCAAUAGACAUUUUUUAAAAGAGGAAAUACAAAUGGCCAACGGACACAUGAAAAAAUGUUCAAGAUCACUAGCAGUCAAGGAAAUGCAAAUCAAAACCACAAUGAGGUUUCACCUCACCCCAGUUAGAAUGGCUCACAUUCAGAAAUCUACCAACAAUAGAUGCUGGCGAGGAUGUGGGGAAAAAGGGACACUAACCCACUGUUGGUGGGAAUGCAAACUGGUCAAGCCACUAUGGAAGUCAGUCUGGAGAUUCCUCAGAAACCUGAAUAUAGCCCUACCAUUCAACCCAGCCAUCCCACUCCUUGGAAUUUACCCAAAGGAAAUGAAAUUGGCAAACAAAAAAGCAGUCUGCACCUCAAUGUUUAUUGCAGCUCAAUUCACAAUAGCUAAGACCUGGAAUCAACCCAAAUGCCCAUCAACAGUAGACUGGAUAAAGAAAUUAUGGGACAUGUACUCUGUCGAAUACUAUACAGCAGUCAAAAACAACGAAACCCAGUCAUUUGCAACAAGAUGGAGGAAUUUGGAAAACAUCAUGCUGAGUGAAAUAAGCCAGUCCCAAAGGGGCAAAUAUCAUAAGUUCUCCCUGAUCGGCGACAAUUAACUGAGCACCAAAGGGGAAACCUCUUGAAGUGAAAUGGACACUAUGAGAAACAGUGACUUGAUCAGCUCUUGUGCUGACGGUUGAUGUACAUUUUAGUAUUUUUUUUGUUCUAGUACCAUUGGUUGAACUCUGUAAUUAAUACACAAUUAUUCUUAGGUGUUUAAAUUUUAACUGAAAAAUGAUCCCUGUUAGGAAUUUGGAAAACAUUAUGCUGAGUGAAAUAAGCCAAUCCCAAAGGGACAAAUACCACUUGUUCUCCCUGAUAGGUGACAACUAACUGAGCACCAAAAAGGAAACCUGUUAAAGUGAAAUGAACACUAUGAGCAACAGUGACUUGAUCAGCCCUCACCCUGACUGUUGAUGAGCAACUUAAUAUGUUAUCCCUCUUAGUAUUUUGUUUGUUUGUUCUACUUAAUACUUUUGGUUGAAUACUGUAAUCAAUAAGCAAUUCUUCUUAAGUGCUGAAACUUAACUGAAAAGUGAUCGUUGUUAAAUAUAAGAGUGGGAAUAAGAGAGGGAAGAGAUGUGCAAUUUGGGACAUGCUCAAGCUGACUUACCUCAAACGGUAGAGUUAGAAACAUACUAGGGGAUUCCAAUUCAAUCCCAUCAAGGUGGCAUGUACCAAUGCCAUCUCACUAGUCCUGGUGAUCAAUUUCUGUUCACAAUUGAUCAUAAAUAUAGGACUAAGAACCAAAGGGAUCACAUAAACAAAAAUAGUGUCUGCAAAUACUAGCUAAUAGAAUAAAAAAGGGAGAGAACGAUCCAACAUGGGAAGUGAGAUACACAGCAGACCCAUAGAAUGGCAGAUGUCCUAAACAGCACUUUGGCCUCAGAAUCAGCUGUUAAGGCAUGAAGAUCUGGCUGAAAAGCCCAUGAGAGUAUUUCAGGCAUGGAAAGCCAAGACACUGGGGAAAAAAAAAAAAAAAAACCUAAAUGAAAGAUCUCCGCGAGUGAGAUCCCAGUGGAAAGAACGGGUCAUCAAAGGAGGUACCUUUCUCUGAAGGGAGGAGAGAACUUCCACUUUGACCAUGGCCUUGUCUAAAUAUGAUCAGAGUCGGUGAACUCAGGGGGCUUCCAUAGCCUUGGCAGCUCAUGACAAGAGCCUAGGGUGAUUACUGACGCCAUAAACAAGAGUGUCAAUUUGUUAAGUCAACAACAGGAGUCACUGUGCACUUACUCCUCAUGUAGGAUCUUUGUCCUUAGUGUGCUGUACAUUGUGAUUUAAUGCUAUAACUAGUACUCAAACAGUAUUUUUCACUUUAUGUUUCUGUGUGGGAGCAAACUGUUGAAAUCUUUACUUAAUGUAUACUAAACUGAUCUUCUGUAUAUAAAGAGAAUCAAAAAUGAAUCUUGAUGUGAAUGGAAGGGGAGAGGGAGUGGCAAAGGGGACAGUUGUGGGUGGGAGGGACGUUAUGGCGGGGAGGCCAUUGUAAUACAUAAGUGUACUUUGGAAAUUUAUAUUCAUUAAAUAAAAGUUAAAAAAAAAAGAAACUUCCACUGGACCAUCAAUAGACUGCUCAGCAGAUAUUUUAGGCCAGAAGAGGGUAAGAUUACAUAUUUAAAGUGAUGAGAAAAAAAUAUGAAACCUGUCAGCUAAGAACACUGUACCUGGAAAAAUUAUCCUUCUGAAAUGAAGGGAAAGAAAGACUUUAAAACCAUGGAAGUUCAUCAUCACCUGAUCCACCUUAAAGAUAUACAAAAAAGAAAUUCUUCAAAUUGAAAUGAGGUGAUAUUGAACAGCAAUGCAAAAAUGUGAAAAUACAAAGCAUUAUUAAAAAUGCAAUUAGAUAAAUGCAGAGUACUCUCAUAUUGUAAUUGUGGUAAGUAAACCACAUUAAAGUUUAAUGUAAAAACUAAAGAUAAAAUUAUGAAAAUGUAAAAGUAUGCUAAUGGAUAAAAUAUGAAAACAAUAAUAUCACUAACAGGCUUAUAAUUCUUUUUGGAACUAUUUUUUGUAUAUUUAUUUGAGAGGUAGAAUUAUAGACAGAGAGAGGGGGAAACAGAGACAGGUCUUUCAUUCACUGGUUCACUCCCCAAAUGGCUGCAAUGGAUGAAAGAGCUGAGCCAAUCUGAAGCCAGGAGCCAGGAGAUUCUUCUGGGUUUCCAUGCAGGUACAGGGACUCAAACACUUGGGCCAUGUUCUGCUGCUUUCCCAGGCAAUUAGCAGGGAGUUGGGUCAGAAGAGGAGUAACUAGGACACAAACUGAUGCCCAUAUGGGAUUCUGGCACUGCAUGGAGAGGCUUAACCUAUUACACCACAGUGCUGGUCUCCAGACUUACAAUGCUUAAGUUUUUUUAUGUGAACCCAAGUAGAUCCACAAAGGUAAUACAUGUAGAAGUUGCAAAAAGAUAAAAGACUCAAGGAAUAUCAAUACAAAAUAAUGGAAGAAAGAGAAGAAAAAAGAGAUAAAAGGACAAGACAGAAAACAAAAUGUCACUAAGCUCCUUUCCUAUCAAUAAUUACUUUAAAUGUAAAUGGAUUAUAUUUCCCAAUGGAAAGAUGAAGAAUAGCUAAAUGUAUAAAGGAAAACAAAAGAAAGCAGCAAAAAAACAUCAAGAAAAAAUAUCCAAUAUAUGAAGUUUUCAAAAGAUGUGUGGACAUGUGUAUUAUGAGUAGACUGUGUAUGAAUUUCAAAAUGUUUUGCACCAAAAUAAAAAUGUUCUAUUUUGAUGAACUUUUUGAAGUACCCUUCCAUAUGAUACUUUAAGAGAAACACAUUAAGAACACACAUAGGGCAUAAAUGAUGGAAAAAGAUGUUUCCAGCAACUGAUAAAAAAAGAUAGGAACACCUAUACCACCAUCAGACACCAGAGACUUCAAAUGAAAAACUACCAUUAGAAACAAACAGUAGGGGUUGGUUUUACUGCAUAGAGGUUAAGUCUCUUGCCUGUGAAGACAGCACCCCAUAUGGGCACUGGUUUGUGUCCUGGUUUCUCUACUUCUGAUCCAGUUCCCAGCUCAUGGCCUGUGAAAAGCAGCAGAAGAUGGUCCACAUGCUUGGGCCUCUGUACCCACCUGGGAGACUCAGUUGAAGUUCCUUGCUCCUGGGUUUGGCUUGGCCCAGCCCUAGCUGCUGCAACCAUCUGAGGAGUGAACUAGUAGAUGGAAUGUCUCUCUCUCUCUCUCUCUGUCUCUCUCUCUCUCUAACUCUGACUUUCAAAUAAAUUUUUAAAAAAGAAAAAAAUAGUGAUAAAAUGAUAAAUUCACCAGGAGUAUAUAACAAUUGUAUAUGGACCCAACAAUGGAGGACCUAAGUGUACAAAGAAAACAUUGACAGAAUUAAGGUAAGAAAUAGGUAGAGGAGGAAAUUUGAUACCUCCUUUAGAUAUUAAAUAUAACACCUGGAGAGAAAAUCAAUAAAGAAAUUGUAGACUUGAAUAAUAUUAUAAGCCAAAUGGACCUAACAGACCUGUACAGAGCAUUCUUAUCAUCAGUUUCAGAAUACACAUUCUUCUCAAAUAUACAUGUAACAUUCUCUAGGACAGAUCAUAUGUUAGGCCAUCAAACAGUUCUUGACAAAUUUAGGAACACCAGAGUCUUACCUAGUAUACAACCUGGUCAGAAUAAUGUGCAACUAGAAACCUAACAUUGGAGGGAAAGCUAGAAAAAAAAAGUGUUGUAAAAGUUUUAAGCAGCAGACUUUAACUUUCAGUUGGUCAAAGAUGAAAUCAAAAGGUAAAUUGAAAAAUAGCUUGAAACAAAACAGACAUAGCACAACUUAAGGGAUGUCACAAAAGCAAUACUACAAGUUGAGGUGCAUACCAGUAAAUUUCCUAUAUUAAACAAAUAUAAUAAAAAUAUUAAAUAACAACUUCACACCUCAGUAAACUAUAAGAGAAACAAACAGCCCCAAAUUAGGUGAAGAAUGGAUGAAAAUCAUGAUUAUAACAAAAAUAAAUAGAUAACAGGGAAAUAAAAAGAGAAUUGAGUUGGCAUUUUGAAAAGGCAGACAAAAUUGAUGAACUUUUAGCUAGUAUGAUCAACCAAAAAAAAAAAAAGACUCCAAAUAAUGAAGUCAGAAAUGAAAGAA